AUGUCCCCCAAGAUUGUUCCUGCAACAGAACAUUAUCUGGAAACAAACUGCAUCUUCCAUGACAAACUAGCAUAUUUUUUCCUCCAGGCUGAGGUGGAAGAAACCCUGAAGAGAAUUCAGAGUCAGAAGGGAGUCCAAGGAAUCAUUGUUGUUAAUUCAGAAGGUAUUCCCAUUAAAAGCACCAUGGACAACUCCACCACUGUGCAGUAUGCAGGUUUGAUGCACAACUUAAUCAUGAAGGCCAGGGGCACCGUGCGAGACAUUGACCCCCAGAAUGACCUCACCUUCUUGCGGAUUCGUUCCAAGAAAAACGAGAUCAUGGUUGCACCAGAUAAGGACUAUUUCCUGAUUGUUGUUCAGAACCCAACUGAAUGAAAGCUUCCUAUGAAGAUCUACAACUCCUUAUACCCAAAUGCAUCUUUUUAUUUAAUAUCCAAAACAGCCAUUAGUAUUUUACUGCUUGUGCCACCUUAAUAAUGAAUAAGAGAUCCUUUUUUAUUGUGAGCAUAUUAAUAU